CCUGGCCAUGAACGUUCUCAACAAGAAGGCGGCGAAGGCGUUCGAGGCCACCUGCCUCCUGGUCAUCAUACAGAUGCUGGUGUCCGUUGUCGUGAUCAUAUGCAUGGAGUACGACAAGAUGAAGAUGGACAAGUGGGCUGACUUCAUGAAGUGGCUGGUCGUGCCUUUCGCCUUUGCCGGGAUGCUCGGCACGUCCAUGUUCGCAUUCAAGGAGGCAAGUUUGACCACCAUUCUGAUCAUGAGGAACAUCUUGCCUAUCCUCACCUUCGGGUUCGAGAAGGCCUUGUUCAACCAGCCGGAGUCGAUGUGCUGGAAGGUGGUCCUGUCGUUGGUAGUGACCUUGGCCGGCAGCGUGCUCUACGGGUUCGUCGACAUCUCCGCGACGAACCUUGGCAAGAUACUCAUCCUCGUGAACUGCGCCUUCACCAUCGUGGACCGGCUCGUGCAGGCCAAGCUGCUCAAGGGCAAUAAGGAUUUCAGCAUCAGCAUUUCCAUGUGCAUGCUCCUGAACAACGGCCUGGGAAUCGUCCCCAUGCUCGCCCUCGCGCUGGCGAAGGGCGAGGUGGCGCACUGGGGCCACGCGCUCGCGACCGCGGACAGGAACGCAUGGUUCCUGGUGAUGAUGUCUGGGCUGUGCGGCGCGUCGCUGGGGUACGUGGGACUCCGCACGCAGCAGCUUGUUUCGGGUACCACGGUGCUCGUGAUGCAGAACUUCAACAAGUUGCUGAUCAUCGCUCUCGGCAUGUUCGUCUUCCACGAGCACCUCACGCCGAUGUCGUUCCUGGGAUGCUUCGUCUCCCUCUUGGGGUGCUUUGCCUACGGCUACCUGCGCCUGCCGUCUGAGGCCAAGAAGUCAGAGGCCAAGAAGUGA